AUGAUUGCUUUAUCGGAUGCGUUUGUGCAGAUAUUGAUUCUCGGAGGAAUCGCAUUGACAUGUCCAGGUUUGUUUAACGCAUUGUCCGGCCUUGGAGCAGCGGGUUCGAAUGACCCGAAAUAUGCUAAUCAGGCGAACUGUGCUUUGUACGCAUGUUUUGCGGUGUUCGGUUAUUUCGGAGGUGUGUUCUUUAACUUGAUGGGCAACCGGAUAUUGCUAUGCGCUGGUGGUCUGACAUACUGUUUAUAUGCGUUGGGUAUGUACCUGGCUUCGAACGUGGAUGGUGCAGAUUGGGUGAGUAUCUUGGUUGGUUGUUUGUUAGGAGUUGGUGCUGGUCUUUUCUGGACUGCUCAAGGUGCCAUGAUGAUGUCUUAUUCGACUCCGUUUAACAAAGGCAAUUACAUCGGUUGGUUCUGGAUUAUAUUUAAUCUUGGUGGUAUGUUAGGUGGCAUUUUGCAGUUCGCAGUCAACUACAAUGCCAAGGACGAUUCGACACAGGCGAAUAAGGCAUCAUACUUCUUGUUCAUCGCCAUCAUGGCCAUCGGAGCGGUUGUGGUACCGUUUGUUAUUGUGAAGGCGGAUAAAGUGAAGAAGGCCGAUGGUUCGCUUGUGUCGUUUGACAAAGGCACUUCGGUUAAAGACGAGAUUCUCGGUGCACUCAAGGCAUCAAUGAACAAAUACAUGCUCCUGCUACUGCCCUUCUUCGUGGCAUCCAAUUGGUUCUACACAUAUCAGUUCAAUUACGUCAACGGAACUUUGUUUAAUAUCAGGACACGCGGUCUUAACAGCGCCUUUUACUGGGCUUCACAAAUGUUGUCUGCCUGGCUUAUUGGUCUGCUCCUAGAUAUGGAUCGCUUUACCCGCAGGCAACGUGCCUUGGUGGGUUGGUUAUUCACAUUUGUUUGUUUCGCCCUUGCCUGGAGCUUCGGAACUUACGUCCAGUAUGGGCUUGAGAAAGGCUAUGACAAGGACCGUGUUAUCCUUGAACACAUUGACUUCAAACAGUCCAAACGCGCCUGGUGUCCUAUCCUGACCUAUAUCUUCUACGGAAUAGCCGAUGCCGCCCUUCAAGCCUUCGCCUACUGGCUGAUGGGCGCGAUUGCCGGAAACAACACUCAACUCAGUGCUAGAUUCGCCGGCUUCUACAAAGGCAUCCAAUCUGCCGGCGCUGCUGUCGCCUGGGGUCUUGACCUUAACAGUGGUAUCACCUACCGAGAUCAAUACUGGGUUGGCUUCGCCAUGUGGGCACUAGGCUCUUUCCUAGCCUACAUAGCAGUACGCUUCGUCAAGAACGAGUCCGAGGAAACUCUUCCCGCCGCACCUGUGUUACAAAAAACCGUCUCCGCACCCCUCUCAGGACCCUCCACCGAAGCAAUCAAACAUUCUACGUCCAUGAAAGAACAAGAACUCAACAAGGCUAUGCAGAGAGCCACAUCCGCAAACGCAAACGCCGCCAUGGGCGCCUCCCGCAGAAAGGCACAAGCCACACAUAUAUAA